AUGGACUUGGGAGGGAACUCUUCGCCUCCCAAGCAACCAGCAGCUCUUCCUCAGGCUGGGUUAGUGCACGAUUUUCUUGGACGCCAGUUGUUCUUUCGCUUGGGAAACAACAAACCCUUUAAUUCCAGGGCCGAUCCACAGGUAUUCAAGGGGAUAGAUAACGAGCUUCGAUAUGAGUAUCGUAGAAAAAAUAAUCACCGAGAAAAGAUGACAUCACGCAGACAUGUCCUCGCGGGCAUCCGCAGGACAAUUAUUGUCGCUGGUGUCCUUGCACUUAUCAUCCUUGCACUCUCCAGUCAAGAUGGUUCGAGCAAUAGCCUUCAGCAGUCGUCGCCAGAAAAAGAAACGGCUCAAUCGGCAGAAGAAAAAUUACUCGAGAUGAGUACAAUGGCUGAGACUGAACAACGACUAAUUGAAAGACGUAAAUUACUGACAAAAAGGUGCAGCGAAAGUGGCUUAGACCGCCCGGGAAAUGACUCUAUUCACAAACCUAAUGCAUGGGAAUUUUUCGUAAACCGUGACUAUCAUCUUAUUUGGUGUAACAUAUUUAAAGCUGCAUCUACAUCCUGGAUUUAUAAUUUCAACCGGCUUGCAGGCUAUAGUCCACAAUUUUUGAAAGCAUCUAAAGCGGUACCAGUGUCUUUAGCAAGGCAAAGAUAUCCGAGGCCGACAGCCGAAGAAUUAUCACGAUAUUUAAAUGAUAGCGUGAGCUUCCUUAUAGUCAGACAUCCUUUUGAACGUCUUCUUAGUGCUUAUAGAGAUAAACUCGAACAAAGUUUGCCUAAUACGCUUCACAGUAAAUUAGGCGUACGAAUCAUAAAUCAAUACCGUUAUAAGGACUUGAAACAUCGCACGAGACGCGGUCCUCGUUACCCGCUCUUUGAAGAGUUUGUGAGAUGGUUACUGUGUGAAUGGCAAGCUGGUAAUGAACUGGAUAUGCAUUGGACACCGAUAUUAAAUUUCUGUACACCUUGUCAAGUUCGAUUUGACAUUAUCGCUAAAUUUGAAACGCUUCAAGAUGACCAGAAUUAUAUUAUUAAACACGUGCAUUUAGAGCAUAUGAUAAAGCCAGAAUGGAAAAAUCCAGCGCGAGGUGCUCAAACAAAAGACGUUAUGAAAAAAUACUUUGUGCAAUUAUCCAAAAGUCAAAUAGCUGAUCUUUAUGAAAUGUUUAGAUAUGAUUUUGAACUCUUCGAUUACUCUCCAAAAGAAUAUCUAGCCAUUGGAAAAGACAUAACUAUUUCUUCAGAUUUUUCGUUGUUUGUUUGUAUCGGUAUCUAUAAUUACCGCUACGUAGAGCGUCACCGUAAAUAUGAGUACGAAAGUACCGUGAUCGAAGAAGAGUUAAAGUUAAUAUUAUUAAAUUUAACUAAUGAAUUAUCUACUUUGGGAAGUUUAAACGAACGCUUUAAAGAAAGACAUGAGCUGAUGCUACAGAAAUGCGAGGAGUAUCAAUUGAAUGGUUAUAAUGGCACGAAGAGACAACCUAAUUCAUGGGAGUUUUUAAUUAAUGACAAAUAUAAACUCAUUUGGUGUAAUGUUUUCAAAGCAGCUUCCACCUCAUGGUUUUACAAUUUUAAUUUACUUGCUGGAUACAAAAAAGAAUUUUUGGACAAAACUAAAGAAACACCAGUAUCAGUGGCCCGUAAAAAAUAUCCAAGACCUUCAGCUGAAGAGCUUUAUGACGCUUUAAAAGAUCAUUUGAGUUUUAUUAUUGUGAGACAUCCUUUUGAAAGGCUUAUCAGUGCCUACAGAGACAAAUUUAGUUAUCCAUACGAUAAAUAUUUCAGGCCACUAGGAGAGAAAAUGAUAAAAGCUACAAGAGACAAUAUGUAUCCUGACAAAUUAAACUCAUAUCCUCCGACAUUCAAAGAAUUUAUUAAUUACAUAUUAUGCCAAUGGGAAAUUGGGACGAAAAUAAACGAACACUGGAUCCCAGUUAACAAUUUAUGCACUCCUUGUCAAGUUAAUUUUGAUCUGAUUCUCAAAGUUGAAACUUUGAACGAAGAUCAAAAUUAUUUAAUAAACCAAGCAAAGAUACAAAAUAUCGUAAAACCAACUUGGAAAAAUCCAUCACGAAAUGAAACAACUAAUAUCUUAAAAGAUAAAUAUUUCUCCCAACUAGAACCAGACCAAGUAUCUCUGCUUAUGAAUAUGUUCAAACUUGACUUAGAGCUGUUUGGUUACUCAGCAAAAGAUUACGAGAAAUAUUCUACAGGAAGUGAAUUUUUACUUUCUAAAUUAAAAUGUAAAAGAAAAAAUGAAUUUAUUGAUUGA